AUGAAGCUGAACAAUGUUAUGAUUGCCUAUAAUUUAUUCCAGAUUUUCAUCAACGUCGUUUUGAUUAUUUUAGGUUUACCAAAUUUAAAAACUGUUAAUCUGCUGUGUAGCAUUACUUCCCAAGAGUCUUUUUCCGUUGUAACAACUCACCAUGCAUAUGCAUUGCUCAGUAUUAUUUUCGUUUUACGAAAAAAGGAUAAUCAAGUUUCUUUACCACACGUGUUUCACCACAUUGGAGUAUUUUCCAUAACCUGGAUAGGACUUAAGUAUAGUCCUGGAGGUCCAAACUAUCUGAGUGCUGUCAUAAAUUGUGUUGUUCAUACGUUAAUGUAUUUUUAUUAUUUAUUAAGUACGUCGAUUGAUAAGAAACAGUUGUGGUGGAAAAAAUAUAUGACAGUGCUUCAAGUGGUUGCCAACUGGUUUAUAUUUUUGAUUAAUGUCGUAUCUUUACUGAACCCGUCCUGUUCGUAUCCUAAGUGGAUUUUACUGAGCGAUACAACGUAUAUGUUGUAUGGGUACAAACACGCCUACGUUUAA